CGUCCGGCCGCGCUCGGAAGUCGCAGCCCUUUGGUUCCGCUUCCCUCCGCCGUGCACUGAGCGCUCGGGUUCUCCUUCCGGACACGUUAUUGUUGCAUCAGCGGCAUCGGAACCAUCCAAACUGUGGCCAUGUCGACGUCAGCGGAGCCAGUGAAAGGAAAACGGGUUCAACCGCCCUGGACUCCUCCAGGAGGAACCGAGGUUCCACAACUUCACCUCUACAACAGCCUGACCAGAGCCAAGGAGCGGUUCGUGCCCCAGAAGGGGAACCGGGUCUCGUGGUACUGCUGCGGGCCGACGGUCUACGACGCCUCCCACAUGGGACACGCCAGAUCCUACAUAUCCUUCGAUAUCCUGCGGCGGGUUCUGAAGGACUACUUCAAGUACGACGUGUUCUACUGCAUGAACAUCACGGACAUCGACGACAAAAUCAUCAGGCGGGCCCGGCAGAACCACCUCCUGGACCAGUACAAGGAGAAGCAGCCACAAGCUGCUCAAAUCCUGCAGGACGUCCUGAGCGCCCGAGAGCCCUUCCAGGCCGCCUUGGCUCUGACCACGGACCCGGAUAAGAAGCAGAUGCUGGAGAGGCUGGACGCCGGCGUCAUGGCCGCCCUGCUGCCCCUGCAGGCGGCGAUGCAGGGCAAAGCGGCGCCCGCGGUUGUGCACCCUCUGGCCCAGCUGCUGUUGGAGAGCUCAAAGGACGUGCUCUCUGAUUGGCUGGACCAGCAGUUUGGAAGUCAUGUGACGGAGAACUCCAUCUUCUCCGUCCUGCCUAGUUUCUGGGAGGGCGAGUACCACAAAGACAUGGAGGCCCUGAACGUUCUUCCCCCUGACGUUCUGACCCGGGUCAGUGAAUACGUGCCGGAGAUCGUGGAGUUCGUGAGGCAGGUCGUGUCCAACGGUUUCGGGUACGAGUCGAGCGGCUCCGUGUACUUCGACACCGUGAAGUUCGACAGCGGUCCGCAGCACUCGUACGGAAAACUGGUGCCGGAGGCGGUGGGAGACCAGAAGGCUCUUCAAGAGGGAGAAGGCGACCUGAGCAUCUCCGCGGACCGGCUGAGCGAGAAGAAGUCCCCCAACGACUUCGCCUUGUGGAAAGCCUCCAAGCCCGGAGAGCCCUCGUGGGACUCCCCCUGGGGGAAGGGAAGGCCGGGCUGGCACAUCGAGUGCUCGGCCAUGGCCGGCUCCGUCCUGGGGGAGUCCAUGGACAUCCACGGCGGGGGGUUCGACCUUCGGUUCCCCCAUCACGACAACGAGUUGGCUCAGUCUGAGGCCUUCUUCCAGAACGACUACUGGGUCCGGUACUUCCUGCACACCGGACACCUGACCAUCGCCGGCUGCAAGAUGUCCAAAUCUCUGAAGAACUUCAUCACCAUUAAAGACGCCUUGGCGAAGAACACAGCUCGCCAGCUGCGCCUGGCGUUCCUGAUGCAUUCCUGGAAGGACACGCUGGACUACUCGUCCAACACGAUGGAGUCGGCCGUCCAGUACGAGAAGUUCUUGAAUGAGUUCUUCCUGAAUGUGAAAGACAUCCUGCGAGCUCCCUCUGACAUCACCGGUCAGUUUGAGAAGUGGGAGGCGGCCGAGACGGAGCUCAACGACAGUUUCUCCGACAGGAAGUGCGCCGUGCACGCGGCGCUGUGCGACAACGUGGACACGCGUGGCGCCGUGGAGGAGAUGCGGCUGCUGGUCGGCAUGAGCAACGGCUACAUCGCCGGCAGGAAGGGCGCCAAGCGGAGGCCCAACCGCAUGCUGGUGGAGAGCAUCGCCCUGUACCUCACCGGCAUGCUGAAGGUGUUUGGGGCCAUCGAGGGAUCGGAGCCCAUCGGCUUCCCGGUGGGGGGGCAGAGCCAGAGCGCUGAUUUGGAGAGCACCGUGAUGCCGUACCUCACCGUGCUGUCGGACUUCAGAGAGGGCGUCCGGAAGAUCGCCCGAGAGCAGAAAGUGACGGAGCUGCUGCAGCUGUGUGACGUCGUCCGUGACGACACGUUACCCGAGCUCGGCGUCCGACUUGAAGACCACGAAGGUCUGCCCACCGUGGUGAAGAUGGUGGACAAGGAGACUUUACUGAAGGAGAAGGAGGAGAAGAAGCAGAUGGAGGCGGAGAAGAAGAAGAAGAAGGAGGAAGCCUCCAGGAAGAAGCAGGAACAAGAGAUGGCGAAGCUGGCGAAGAUGAAGCUUCCUGCUGGGGAAAUGUUUCGCUCAGACACCGACAAGUACUCCAAGUUUGAUGAAACGGGUUUCCCGACCCACGACGUCGAGGGCAAGGAGCUGAGCAAAGGUCAAGCCAAGAAGCUGCGGAAGCUGUUCGAGGCCCAGGAGAAGCUCCACAGCGAGUACCUUCAGAGGAGCCACCAUGAAGACUGAUACCUCCUCCUCACGCUCCUCCUCUUCCUCCUUCUCCUCCUCCCUCUCCUCCUCUUCCUCUUCUUCCUCCUCUUCCUCCUCCUCCUCUUCCUCUUCUUCUUCCUCCUCCUCCUCCCACUUCCUCCUCCUCCUCUUCCUCUUCUUCCACCUCCUCUUCCUCCUCCUCCUCCCACUUCCUCCUCCUCCUCUUCCUCUUCUUCUUCCUCCUCCUCUUCCUCCUCCUCUUCCUCCUCUAAGAGAGAAUAAAUGUUCAGGCCAGAGAUUCCGGCUCAUCGUUUGUUUUCUCUUCAUCUGUUAAAAAAACUGCACGUGAUUUUGUUCUUUUUUGGUGAUUUUAGUAAAAACCAAAGUCGUUGUUUUGUGUUUCUAAAUGAUGGAUUAAAGACUUCCUCCUGGUUCUGUAAACACUUCAUACAUUAGACAUGCAGGUUAUUAAAAGAUGUUUAAGAACAA